GCUGUCGAGUCACCUCUGUCAGGAUGGAGGAAAACGAACUGCUAUCAUGCUGAUUAACGAGGGAUCCCGACAACCGAGCAUCAUAAACCGGGAUAGUUAGGCUAAACAAAACGUUUAUCUUUCACGCCUGCAUCGUUUCUAUAGCGCUUUGCCAAAAUGAUGGAAGAAAUCGACAGAUUCCAAGUGCCUCCAGUCAACGGAGAGACGCAGCCUUUGGACCCAGCAGCAUCCUCCACCUCAGAGGCAGAGCCUGACACGAAGGGAGAGAGUGUGGCCAUGAACUACAAGCCUUCUCCAUUGCAGGUCCAAAUAGAGAAACAGAGGGACCUUGCCAGGAAGGGAUCAGUGAAGAAUGGCACCGUGGGAAGUCCUGUCAAUCAACAACCGAAGAAGAAUGCCAGGACAAGGUUGGUGGUGCCAAACAAAGGCUACUCUUCUUUAGACCAGAGCCCCGAUGAGAAGCCUCUGGUAGCACUGGACACUGACAGUGACGAUGACUUUGACAUGUCCAGAUACUCCUCAUCAGGAUACUCCUCAGCCGAGGUGAGAUGUCUGAGGGACCAGCAGAUCAACCAGGACCUGAACAUCCAGCUCCUGAAGGACGGGUACCGGCUCGAUGAGAUUCCCGAUGAUGAGGAUCUGGAUCUGAUCCCCCCUAAAGCAGUCAAUCCCACCUGCAUGUGCUGCCAGGCUGCUCCCUCCACAGCCUGUCAAAUCCAGUAGCACCCUCCCCUCCGACCCCCCCGACCCCCUAAAAUCUCCUGCCCGCCACCUGCACUGAGGCCAACUACUGACCAGAGUGGCAGCAAAGGAAGAAAAACAAUUGGCUGGCAAAGGCACAAAGGGAAAAUCAAGGGUUUAUAAAAUGCUAAAAAAAAAAGAAAAAAAAAAAGAACCUGAGAAAUUGAAUAUGUACAGUACCUGUGCAUGUUCCUCCUAUGGUAGGAUCUGUGCAUCUUACUUCUGCGUUGUUGGUUCAGCAGGGACUCGACUGAUGGCAGAAACAUUACCUCUAAGGAAAACAUGUUACUUUUGCUUCUCCUUCGUUUUGACUUCCAUGUCAUGCUCAUGGAUUUCCUGGUUUAAGAGGGCCAAGGAGGAUUGUGCGUUGUUGUGGAAGAAGCGAAACAACAAAUUCAAAUGGUAGGAACUCGACCAAAAUGCGUGAGACAUUGACAAGGUGUCAUUUGCUGUGUCAGUGGUCCAUCCGAGGAGUCGGCUUCUUCUACUGGUGUAUAAUUGAUGGUCGUAUACGGUGGACAAACAGGGAUUGGAAUCUCUGUAGUGCCCAUUUUUGUUUUUUUUCUUUUCUCAUUUCUUUCAGCCAGUCUGCUUUGUCUUCCUGUGUAAAUACGUGUCAAACAUGAAAAUGACGUGUGUGUCUGAUUAUGCCCAGGAGAAAUAGUGCUAAACCCUCAAGCUGCUGAUAAAACAUGAAAGCUUACACACUAAGGUAGUGAUCCAGAUUUUAUUUUUUUUUUGUAUCUGUUACACCGAGGUCGUAAUGCUUCAUUGUUUUCUAUUCAGUUAAAAAGAAGCUGAAAAAUGCAUGUUGCCUGUUAACACUGUGUCCUGAUGACCAGCCUGUGCGGAUAAUUUAUCACUUUUUACCGACCCCCGACCACAUCCUUUGUGCCGAGGAGAAGAUACGUGCUUUCAAGUUAGUCAUAUUUAGGUUCACCUACUGUAACACCGGUAGAUCUAGAGAAACCAUUCUAAUAAUGCCAGAAAUGAGCUCAUGAAUUAGUGUGUACUUUUGUGUGUGUUUGUUCAUGUUCGCCCCCCACAGGAGUGUGGUUGAGAUGCUUCGCAAAGGUAGCUACCACCAGUGAAGGUUGCAAUAUAGUUCAUACACUUGAGGGAGUUAUUAGAUGGAUGCAAGAAUUAGAAUUUUCUGAGUUGUGCAAUUUGAUCAUACCUGCUUUUAAGGAAUGUCUAUGGAGUGAUUCCAUAUUUCUUUCUUUCUAUUUUAUUUUUUUGAUAAGAUUGUUCUCCACGUUUUCCUUUCUUUAAACAUUUUUUUGUUAAAAUUCCUUUUUGUAAGGUUAGAAAUGUGUGCAUUUCCCUCCCGAAGUACACUAUAACUUAUUUGUCGGAUGUGCGACAAGAACUGUACAUGUAGCAUCACACUCAGCUGUGGAUUGUCAAUGCUUUAUGCCAUUCAAUGUUCUCCAUGGAGUUCUAUAGGAAGUUGCCCUUGUUGUUCAGAAGUACUGAAUGUACACUGUCUGUUUUAUCAUAUGUUCUUUGUUUACAUCUCUCUGAAGACGCUUGCAGAACUCAGCAGGGAUCAGCUAUUUUUUCUCCCAAGUAGAUCAAGCUGAGUUUCUCCAAAAACACUGUAAUGACGAGAGAGAAGUGCAAAACUUCCUGAUUGUGACACCUACAUAAAAACAUUUCUCUUGAAAAUAACUGAUAAGCUUCUGUUCAGCUUACGGGAGAAAUAGCUGGCUACUCUCAGUGUUCUGUUGACUGAUGUUGAAGGGAUUUGAAAUACGGUGCACAUCUACUAAGAACAGUCUCAUUGUGAGUGUCUUUUUAGAUAUGUGACUGUGUUUUUUGGGGGAACGUUGCAUUAAUCUGUCAUAACUGUUAAUCUGCGCAUUUCAACAGGUUUACAUUUUUAUAAUGAAAAUCUCAGUGUAAUAGAAACGGCAACAAAGACUGAUUAGAGAUGCAGUGUGCACUCAGUCUUAGUUGUUCCUUUUCUUUCUUUUCCUUUUGGUUUGCAGUAAUGCCAGAUCUGCAAGCAUUUAUGUAUGGGAUGUCAAAAGAGGAAUAUUUGCUUUGGUCAAAUAGAUGAAUGAAUGGUACUGUGUGUAUCGCAUAAAAACAACUAAUGUCUACGUGGAUAGAGAAAAGGAUCGUUUUAAUCUUGUUUCAACCUUUUUUUUUGAUUAGUUUUACUGGUUAAACCACCCAGACAUCUCUGUGACCCAGUAAGAAAAUAUCUCCCUUCUCUUAUCACCGAUAUCCCCGAUACAGCCUUUUGUUUCUGCAACAUUUGAUUUACAAAAGUGCACACACGUUAAAAGAUCAUUUACGAUAAGAAGGUGCCAUGUUUGUAGAUAAUAAAAAAGUAGAAAACUGUCACCAGUGCAGCUACUAGUUGGACCGGUAGCUGUGUUUAGUUAACAGAAACACGGAGGGACUGACUGCGUGGUCGACUGCGGUGCUGCAUUUUUCCACCGUUAACAUCAUCCCAAUGGAUUUGCACACAAGUCAUCACGGUUGUCUUAUACUGAGUGCAAUACUUGUGGCUAAUGUAUAAAUUGAGGCAUAGCUUCACUAACUUCUUGAGUUUAUAGUAAUUCGUUGUAACAGAAGCUAUUUAUUUGCAGUUGUGUGUUUUUUCCAUUUUAUUUUCAUGUAUGGGAAAUACUUCAUAUACAGACAGACGCUUUUUAUUUGUCAGAUGCUUGUUAUGACGAUUGUGAACUGGUUCCAUUUAGAUUUUAACAGUGUUAAAGUUCUGUGUAUAGUGCAACAUAUCAAAAAAAAAUAAAUAUUAGGUAUCUCAAG